CUCUUCCUCGUUUUUCACAGUCACGUGUUCAAACCCAGAAGUCUGUCGAGCACGCUGCGUGGACUACAUCAACACCAUUUCUAGUUGGAUUAAUACCUUAUUGGUACUUAAAAAAAUAAAUAUUUUCAGUUCAGAUCAGUUAGACAGUACAUAAAUUCAUGGCGCUGGUGGUCGACUUUAUAGCCGGGCAGUUUGAUGACGCAGAAGAUGUAGACAGCAGCAGCCAAUCACAAGUGUCGACUGUAGAACGUCACGAGAACCAAGUCAGUCUGCAAAAUGAUUAUGAUGAUGAUGAAGAAUAUGAAGAUGGAGAUGAUGGAGACGAUGACGAGUGGGCGUGGCCUGCAGCAGGAAGUGACCUGACCAAACGUUACAACAGGGCCACUUUCAGUCAAGCUAACAAACAGAAUUCGUCAAAUCAUACGCUCGUGUCGUCCAAACAGACGGACAGAUCCCUUAGGAGGUUUGAACACAAGAUCAACCUAGAUAAACUGAAUUUUGCCGACUCUGUAAUCAAUAAAGUGACGACUAUGCAGAAGCAGAAGGACGCCGACACGUACCGAGUGAAGGACAAAGCAGAUCGGGCCACAGUGGAACAGGUUUUAGAUCCUCGAACACGAAUGAUUCUCUUCAAGAUGUUAAGCCGAGGAAUCAUCUCAGAAAUCAACGGGUGCAUCAGCACAGGGAAAGAGGCUAAUGUUUACCACGCUACCACUGCCAGUGGAGAUGAUCGAGCCAUCAAAAUCUACAAGACGUCCAUCCUGCACUUCAAGGACCGUGACAAAUACGUCAGUGGAGAGUUCAGGUUCCGUCAUGGUUACUGUAAAGGGAACCCCAGGAAGAUGGUGAGAACCUGGGCCGAGAAGGAGAUGAGGAACCUGAUCAGGUUGCAGACUGCUGGGAUUUUGAGUCCAGAACCUCUGCUGCUUCGGAGCCACGUUCUGCUGAUGAGCUUCAUUGGAAAAGACAACAUGCCCGCCCCGCUGCUCAAGAACGCGGUCUUGUCGGAGUCCAAGGCUCGGCAGCUGUAUCUGCAGGUUGUACACCACAUGAGGAAAAUGUUCCACGACGCUCGACUCGUCCACGCCGACCUCAGCGAGUUCAACAUGCUAUAUCACCACGGAGACGCUUAUAUCAUCGACGUGUCUCAGUCGGUGGAACACGAUCAUCCGCACGCGCUGGACUUCCUAAGAAAGGACUGCAGCAACGUCAACGAGUUUUUUGUGAAGCGCAGCGUUGCGGUGAUGACGGUACGGGAGCUUUUUGACUUCAUCACCGACCCAUCAAUCACCGCUCAGAACAUGGAUCAGUACCUGGAGAAGAUGAUGGCCAUCGCGUCUGAUCGAACAUCGGUGCAGCGGUCGGAUCAGGACCGUGUUGACGAGGAGGUGUUCAUGAAGGCGUACAUUCCCCGAACUCUGACCGAGGUCAGUCACUACGAGCGAGAUUUCGACCUGGUCAGAAUGAAAGAGGAGGAGUCGGCCAUCAGCGGAUGUGACGACAGCGUUCUGUAUCAGACGCUAACAGGACUGAAGAAGGACCUGUCCGGAGUUCAGAUGAUCCCGGCCCUGCUGGAGGACGACGAGUCUUCGUCCUCGGAGGAGGAUCAGGAUGAUGAGGAUAAAGAGGACGAGGAUACUCAGCUGCAACCUAGCGAUGAGCCCAUGAUGGACAAAAAGGAGAAGAAGAAGCUUGUGAAAGAAGCUCAGAGAGAAAAAAGGAAGUCCAAAGUAGCAAAACAUGUGAAGAAGAGGAAAGACAAAGUGGCCAAGACCAAGAAAGGCAGAUGAGGAGCACAGCAUCACAACAUCACAUAGAAUUUGAAUGUGGAAGUUAGGGCUGCACGAUUAUGGUCAAAAUAAUAAUCACAAUUAUUUGUAUCCAUAUUUAUUGAUCAUGAUUAUUCAUUAUGAUAAGUAAAACGGUGUACACUACAGUUCGACAAUCUACAUGAGGUAAUGAGAUCCCGGAUGUGGGAGGAGGGAAGCCGUGAGUGUAAUGUCAUCAUGUAAUUUGUGAUGAAUUAGUGUAAUUAAAAAGGUUAAAUAAACAUGAACCAUAUAUGUAAAA